GCCACCGUAGUUGUAACUGACGAAAGAGUGGUCGUUGCUCUGCGGAGACAAACAGAGCCAUGGCCGGUAAAGGAGGAAAGCAGAGCCGCUCAGGUGCUGCUCUGUCAGGUCGAAAGGGUGGUGGAGGGGAGGAAGAAGAGGAGCAGCCGCUGCAGGCCGUUUUAGUCGCUGACAGUUUCAACCGGAGGUUUUUCCCUGUGACCAAAGACCAGCCACGGGCGCUGCUCCCUCUGGGUAACGUUGCCAUGAUCGACUACACCCUGGAGUUCCUCACAUCCACUGGAGUACAGGAGACAUUUGUCUUCUGCUGCUGGAUGGCCAGUAAAAUCAAGGAGCACUUAAUGAAGUCCAAGUGGUGUCGACCCACUUCUCCCAACAAAGUCCACAUCAUCACCUCAGACCUGUACCGCUCCCUGGGGGAUGUGCUCAGGGACGUGGAUGCAAAGAACCUUGUGCGCUCAGACUUUGUCUUGGUUUAUGGAGACGUGGUAUCAAAUAUGGAUGUCAGUCAGGCACUGCAAGAACACAGGCAUCGUCGAAAGACGGAGAAGAACAUAUCUGUGAUGACAAUGAUCUUUAAGCAGUCAUCGCCAGGUCACAAGUCUCGCUGCGAGGAGGAUGACGUCGUUGUCGCUAUUGAUGGCAACAGCCAGCGGAUUUUACAUUACCAGAAGACACAAGGGCCGAAGAAGCUGCAGUUCCCCAUGAACAUUUUCCACAGUGGAAGUGACAAGUUUGAAGUCAGAUACGAUCUUCUUGACUGCCACAUCAGCAUCUGCUCCCCACAGGUUGCUGAGCUCUUUACUGACAAUUUUGAUUAUCAAACCAGGGAUGACUUUGUCAGAGGGCUUUUGGUGAAUGAAGAGAUCCUGGGAAAUCAGAUACACAUGCAUGUCACUAAGGAUGCUUAUGGCGCCAGAGUGUCCAACCUGCUCAUGUAUGAUUCGGUUUCAUCGGACCUCGUGCGGCGGUGGGUUUACCCGCUAACCCCUGAGGCUAACUUCACUGACAAGGAGGAAUGGAGCUGCACAUAUUCUCGCCACAAUGUCUACCGAGGGUCUGGUGUCAGCCUGGGCCAUGGCAGCCAAAUGGUGGAGAACGUCCUCAUUGGCCGCGACACCAGCAUCGGUGCUAACUGUCGCAUUUCUAACAGUGUAAUCGGUAACAACUGUACCAUAGAUGACAAUGUAGUGCUGAACCAUGCCUACAUCUGGAACAAUGUUGACAUUGCCAGUAAUGUUGUGAUCAACCAGUCUGUGGUGUGUGACAAUGCAAAGGUCAAAGGAGGAGUGACACUUAAUAAACAGUGUGUCCUGGCAUAUAAUGUGGUGAUCGGCCCAGACUUCUCUCUACCAGAGAGCACUGUGGUAUCCAUGCACCAUCCGGAGGAGGAGGAGGAGGAGGAUGAUGAUGAAUUCCUCAGUGAUGAUGCAGACGUUGGUCAAAGCAAAGACAAAACCAAAAAGGAAGUAUUCAGCCCCACAGAGGUGGGAGCAGAGGGCCAAGGCUAUAUUUGGAAGGCCAACAGUCUGGAUGAUACAGAGGAUGAGGAGCUGUCACAGUGUCUCUGGGGUUUGGUGUUGAACCCUGACCUUGAUAGUGAAAGUGAGGACAGUGAACCUGAUGGUCCAGAUGAUCCACUCAUUCCCUCUCCAGAGAUGGACGAUGUCAAAGUUUUUCAGAUUGAGGUGCUGGGAACGCUGCAAAGAGGCUUAGACGAAAACAUAAGCUGCGACAAUCUUGUACUCGAAAUCAACUCUCUCAAGUAUGCUUACAACAUCACUCUGAAGGAAGUGAUGCAGAUUUUAACCAGAGUGGCUCUGGAGUAUCCUUUCCAGCAACAGGGCUCUCAGCUCACCGCAUCACAAUAUGUUGCUGUGCUCCUGCCGUUACUGAAGAAAUGGGCACCAGUGUUUAAGAACUAUGUGAAGAGAGCCCAGGACCAUCUGGACUGUCUGUCUGCCUUUGAAGAGCACUUCCUGGAGCAGGAGAGCCACUGGGCUGCCAUGGUCAAGGUCUUGAUGAGCAUGUACCAGCUGGAGAUCUUGGAGGAGGAGAUGAUACUACGCUGGUUCUCACAGGGAGCGACCACUGAUAAAAGCAGACAGCUCCGCAAAAACCAAGGGCUUCAGAAGUUCAUCCAGUGGCUUGAGGAAGCUGAGGAGUGCUCAGACGAGGGAGACUAGUGAGCAGCACUUGAGAAAGAUGACAAGGAUUCUGUAAAACUUGACGAUUUUUGUGUGACUUUAAUUUAGCCUCUCCAGCAGCUUUGUUUCUUUUUGCUUGUAACCAUCACCAUCAGCAUCUACUCUGUAACAAACAAUACAUCUGUAAUAGUUCAUGCUGGUGCCAAGUCACACGGACUGUGUGCUAUGAGUAUCACUUUCCAAUUAAAACACAAAAACUCUUGA